AUCACAUUUUUGUAAAACACAUUUACAGUGUUAGUUUCAUCAGCUGUUGUACAAUAUGAAAUACAAUUAUUUUGACUUCACAGGGCCUUUAAAUGUAGGCAAACAAGUUUUCAGCAUUCAAACUCAUCUACCCAGCCAGAUUCAGCACCAUGGACAGUGAAGAUCAGAAUACCUGCGAUCUGACGAUUAGAACAACAGUGCUAUUUUAAGUGAUUUUCAAGACACCCAAAGUCAAUUUAAAUCCACAACAAAAUCUGCAGGAUAAAAUGCAAUAUAAUCAAACAUUCAAAUAAGUAAACAGGCUAUAUUAAAGUGCACUAAACAUAGAGACAGACUAACCAUGGAGAACACUAAACAUGAUGACAGAUUAACCAGGGAAGUGAAUUUAACAGAGGUUAAAGCUAAAACAACAGAAUCUGGGUAAAUCUGUGUGAAAAGUGUGGCUUUAGUGUGGAUUUGAAUAGUACACAAGUAGGCCUACGCUAUUUUUGCACUGUAAAACUUUUUUUUAAGUGUUAUGUUUUCCCAGAUUCAUAGUGUUAUGCAGCCCAGGCCUAUCUAGGAAGGCUGGGCAUAAAUUGUUUGCUCACAGCAUCACAUGAUGACGUGGGCAACAUAAACACUUAAACUCUGUGGAUUAAAGUUAAUAGUAAUCAAAACUAAUUUCACCACGAAAGGAAGUGCAAUCGAAAUGAAUGAAGAAGACAAGGUCAUUCUAGUGAGUUAAUAAAAUGACAAGGUGUUGCCUGUCAGCGUUGUAGACUACUGCCUCACAAGCCCGGGCUUUAGUGGCACUGGCAUACGCGCUUGCCUCUGCACUGAAGGAGCCACCGAACGCGUCCGCGUUGCAGCUCUCACUUUCUCCCGCUACAGUAUGUCCUACAAUGACAUAUUUGGUGGGGAUUGGCAGCCAACAAUAGGAUUGGAUUGGGACUAAAUCAAUGAAUAAAACGAUAUUGAAAUGAAUAUUAUUAACAAAUAUUUCCCAGAAUAUUUUGGGUUCAACCUAAGGCUGACUAGGACAGAUCAAUCAACUUGAUCCGACACAGUAAGCCUACAUGUCAUACGUAAGUAAACCCACAAGAGAGACAAUAUUGCAAAGGCAGGACCAUGUUCGAUGGAAGGCGUAGGGGUAGGCAAUCGAAAACGUUUGACGGGGAAAUUUCUGUCAAUAUUAGCUAGACCUACUGAGUGGGCAAGUAACCUUUCCCGCGCUCUUCCUAAAAAUACUAUUUGUGAUGUCAUAAAGGUCUAACGUUCCAUGACGUAGCAUGUAGCCCUAAAUUACAGUCCCUGCCUGCAAUAUUGUCCUCACUCUCGACCUGAACUCAACUUGAAUGUAACCAACACAGACAAGGACAUGCUUUUUGAGAUAUAAAAUAGCUUGAAUGGAUGAAGAAAAGGUAAGCUAAAUUACUUCAUACAAUAUUGGGGGAAAGUAAAAAAGGGUGAAGCAAUAUAAGCGGAUAUUUCUUGUAAAAAGCUAUAACAUAUUGUAAAGCAAAUGUACCAUUCUUUAUAAAGUCACAAGCUUAGCUCUGAAAUGGCUGUAGCUCUAUUUAUGAUGUCCUCUGCACAGAUCUACUCUGACAUUGACAUAUUAUUACUUAUUGGAAUGUCUGACCUUCAGGUAGCACAGAGGGAGGAUGGUGAUCCUCAGAGGGAAGGAAAGGAAGUUGUGGAGGAAGAACCGGUGGCCACGCCCAAAGAGGAGGCCAAGAAGGGAAGGAAGGCAAAAUGUAAGAGAAGUGGCAAGAAGUCAAGGAAGCUGGGCACUGACAACGAUGCAGUCUCCAGGAAUAAACACCUGGAUAGAGGAUCUGUAAUUGAGCUCCUGGAGAAGAAAGCUGUUAAGGCUGCAUUCGGCCCAGGCAACAAGGAUGAGAUGGAAUACUCCUACCCAAUCCUCAUCUCAUUCCUGCGCAAUCUUACUGAUGAGCAGUGGCAAGUGAUCUACAAAGGACUAAAAAACCCUAUGACGAAGGAACAGCUUGCCAAAUUGUGCAAGACAAUUGUAACCUUCAUCGCACAGACCACCCUGCAGAUCCUGCUGCCAGCCCUGGCCCGCGUACUUGGGGUAAAGGACUUUGCUGACGACGACACUGACUCACCCAAGAGGGGUGGCAGUGCAAGAUCCUUUGCUGCCUUUGAUCAGGAAAGACUGGAGCUCAUCCAGGAAGUUAGAUAUCUGGCAAAGAAAAUGUAUAAGGGCGGCACAGGGGCUCAACAUCUCAGGUCCCUAACACCCUCUUCUAAGAGUUCCCAGACCUCAGUGAAAGUCCACCUGGGAAUGACAGAGGACCGAAUCAUCAAAAGUGUCCAGGAGCAACUGUCUGAUCAUAAUAUCCUGUCCUCUUGCCCACCUGAGCUGACUGUUGGUCUUAUCAAGGUGGUGGUCGAACAGCUUAACUCUGCCCUCUCUGCGACCAUCAGCAGAGCCAUUUCAGGGCAGUCCUCCCCUAUUUCUUCUGGUAACCAGGCUGCUGAACAAAUGGUCAACAUGGUCCAGAAAUGUUUUGAUGAUCACGCCACUCCAGAGGACCAGAGCUCCACCUCUGUAUUAGAGUCAUGCAUUCCACCUGCAACAAAAGAGGUGAUGACUGUUAUCGCAGACAUGGUGGGUGAAUUGGAAAAAGAAGAUCCGGAAUUGGCUAAGGUUUUUCGAGAAGUGGCUGUGAAAGUUAAAAUGUUGGCAUCUGGCAGUGACCUUGUAGUGGAGCACCUGGAUGUUGAAGACUCUCCUGUUCCAGAGGAGCUGAACAUAAUAUGUACAUCUUGCAAAGCAAUGAUGCAAAAUCUUGGCACUCUGUUUAGUGUGAAGUUCAAGACCAAAGCCUCAAAGGCUGUGAGUGAAAUUCUUGUGAGAAGGUUAAUGAGCGAUAUCUCUGGUAUGGUUCAACCUUCUCAUUCGUUUAGUACCACUCCAAGCUUGAUGAAUGCAUCUCGCCCAUCUGACAGGAUCCUUGAUUCUGCGGCCACUGAGCUCAUACAGACCAAAGUAGAAUCUGAGACAUCAAAAAUAAUUGAUAACUUUGUUGAAGAUGUCAAGGACAUUGUGCAGUAUGCUGAAUUAGAUCAGCCAACAAGCACCCAGAGAGAUACCCAAGUGGGACACUGUACGACAAAGCGGAAACCCUUCCAUGCAGCUCGUAGACUCUGCGAGAGACUUCAGGCAAAGCUGGAGACAUUGUUCCUCAGAAUGGGUGGAGCUUCAGUCCAAGGGGAAGAACUUAUGGAAAAAGCUGACUCCAGUGCUGUGCUUCUGGAGCAUACUGACUCCAGUGAUCUGCCUGUUUCAAUCCUGAGCUUGCCUUCCCCAUGUAGGAGUGAAUCCCCUAUAUCAGAACAUAGUUCAUCUUCUUUAUCUGAUGAAUGUGAUUCAACUGACUCUGUAGGAGAGAAAACACCAGAGCAACCUGAAACCAGUAAGAGUGAGGCAAUACUGCAAGUGGUCAACUCAACAGGACUUGGUUCUCUCCGUAAAUGCCAAAGUGAGAACUCUCAACCAUUACUGUCUCUCUGUGAUUCCAACAUGGUGCCCUGCACCAAAGAGGUCUUGUCCCAGAUUGUGACCAUGUAUAGGUCAGAGGUGGCAGAUUUGGAAUGCACAUCAUCUGUUGCAGAGGGUUCCUCUUACAACUCCCUUGAAGUCUGUGGCUUUUUGGACAGUGUCAUGUCUUAUCUAGAAGACAUGCCUGUGUCUGGUUCUUCAUGGUUGGAAGGAUUAAGAGAUACUCCAGCCUCAGUCAUUGAGAAACUCUCCAGUGAGGAGUUCCAGAUGAACGCUACCAACGAAGUGCGAAAAAUACUGAUCAAAUCAGUCAGUAGCUUUCCCAGCAAAGUCAGUUCCAGCCAGACAGAUUCUCAGAUGUUGCCAGCAAAAUCAACAAUUUCCUUAAGGCAUACAGAUAUAACUGCUUUUGAAAUCGUUGGAUCAAUUACAAAUGACAUGAAGAGCCUUUUCCCACCCACAGAGUCUUCUACUACUCUAUGGCAGGCAGACUCUAUGCUUCAACAGAGUGAUGAGAAAACCUCAGAGUACACUGAGGCCACACCCAAAGGCUCACAGUCUGGUUUGGAAGUAUCUGAGAAGAAGAUCUGGACAACUGCAAAGACUAUUUACCACAAUGUGAAGACAAAGAUGAGGAAUUAUUUUACAUGGCAAAAUCAAGUCAAAGCAACAACGGCUCAAGCCAAAAAGACCCUCAGCCAUAUUCUGGUUUCAAUUCAGAAAGAGCUGUCAAAAUCUGACCAAACGGUGACUGCGCUUUCACAAAUAGAGAAUGUGGUUGGAAUGAUGCUGAAGGAUGUUGAAAGGGUAAGCAGUGAAUGUGGUGAGGAACUGAUCUAUCAAGCGCCACAGCGUUCUUCCUCCUCGUUGUCAUCCUCAUCUGCCAGAUCAAAGAAGUCAGAGUGGGAAUUUUCACUCCCUGGCACUCCCAUCUCUUCUGAUUUACCAGAGAGUAUUACUCAGCCCAUUGUGAGAUGCUCAGUCAUCGACAUGGGCAAAUCUACUAAGCCAAAAACAUUGGUGUGUGAUGCCAGGGAAAGCAUGUCUGCAAUAGUGGAUACCAUCAUAAAGGAGGUACAUCCAGAGGAAGAAGGGGAGGUUGCAUUCCACCCUGAUCUAACAGCUGCAAUAGCAAGACUGGAGGAGCUCAUAUCUCAGGGUAGGAUUGGUGCUCUCUCACGUGAUCUUACUCACCAAGUCAACCGCAUCAUUUCUGAGAGCAACUUGACCCCUCUGGUUCUGACAGUGGCGGCUGGAAAGAGUGCAUCCGAUACAGUCCUUACUGAGCUGAAGAGGAAUGACAAGACGGUGGGGAAGCCCACAGCUUACAAGCUGGUUCAGCUUUUUGCAGAGGAGUCUGUGAAGCGCCUCUUGCUUCCUAGCCUUGUGCCCUCUACAGCUUCAAUGAGUUUGGCUCAGGGAGUUAGUGUGCCGGCUAGCGUAUCUGAAGAUAGGAUUUCAUGUUCUUUUUCUACAUCAGCAUUUAGUGACACAGUCAGCCUGUUUACCAAAGUAUUGGUAAGCCAGGUCAUGGACUCUGUGGUUUCUGAUGCACAAAGCAGAGGGUCAUCUCCAACCGGAACUGUAACUGAUAUAGGCAGUCUACUGAGUGGUAAGUCCUACCCUCUGCCAUCUUUCUCCGCCAUCAGCAUGACAACAAGUGGGACCUCCAAUGCUGCACGAGGCUUUGAGGCCAACAUAGAUGCUGAGGAAAGGGAUACCAUCAGUUGUUUCGGUGUACCUCAGAGCAUUGUUUGUGAUCAGAAUUCAACCAGCCCGGAUGUUGCCUCGCUUUCAACCCCAUCCACUGACAACUUAGUCGGUGAUGAUGACUUCACCGGCCUCAUCAGCAUGUUAGUGGUGAGACUUCUGUCAAAAAUCCAAACCCAAACUGAUCUGUACCCAACUGACGUCACACGCACGUCACAAGACCUGAUUCCAAAAGUUAUAGCUGCCUUCUGUGCAUGGUCAGGCUGCUCUGAGACCCAAGCUUAUCCCAAGAACCUGAAGAGUCACAAAGUAUACAGCACCGUCUACAAACAUCUGUUGAAGGAGUUUGGCUCAGAGAAAAUACUCCAACUGGCUGUGUCGACUCAGGACUCCACAUUCAAUAGGAUUCUUGUGAAGUCAUUGAGCAAGGAGCUUCUCCACAGUUGUAACGAGGCAUCAAGAGCAGCCUCAAGAACAUCUUUCGAAGCCACCAGGCCAGAAACUCUUCUCAUGGCUGAAGAUGUGAAGGCUACCAGAGGGAAGCUGUCUUUCCUACAAAGGCUUGCCAGACUGAAAUUCGACUUGAAGCCAUUCAUGAUGGGAAACAAGAAGGAUUCCAAGAAGAAUUCCCGCCAUUCUGAAUCCAAAGACCAGACUACUGCUGAAGAUAUCAUGUUGACACAUCCUGGACUCCCAGAGGGUCUUCCCUCCACCUCUCAACAGGAGAAGCCUCGCAAACGUCCCCUUCUAAUCAGGAUGUUUUCCACCAUCUCCAUAGGCCUAUCCAAGCCCUUCAAACUGUUUUCAAACUUUUACCUUCGACAUCAACAAACGACGCACGGGCUGGUCCUGCAGACUCCCACGCCCAUGGCCCAGGAGAAGGCUGGGGGCCACCUGCUCACUCACGUCCCAGCCAUCUCCUUUGAGACCAACUCUACUGUGGAGUGCACCUCCAAGGGGACUCUUGAAGAGAGGGACCGGGUGAAGGUUAAACUGGCCAACAUGGCCUUGAUGGGAAGGAUCAAAAAGUCUUGGCUGUGAAAUGCCCAUUAUGUGUGAUUAUCGAAUUUAUAAUCUUCCACUUUUGAAACAACAAUGGGAAAGACAGGGUUUAUAGCAAAGGUUGCUCAGAUUGGGCUUUUGGAAAAAUUGGGAGAAUGAAAGUGCACUCCUGAUUCAGAGAGAAAGAUCCAGCUUAAUCAUCCAUACCAUUGUUUAAAUUACAAUAAAAAAACAUUCAAACUGUUCCUGAGUUUCGAAAGACAGAGAAAGGAAAACAUCCUUAUCUUCAGGCUGUUCACACCUGUUCACACAAGUCCUACUGUCCACAAUCUCAGGGUUCUUCAAUACAAACACACCUGUUUCAGAAAACCUUUUCACUUUCACAUUCGAUCAAUGUUUGUAGGAUACUUUCAAUAACUCAAUAAAUGUAAGUGUUGGAACCAUACAUAGCUGGUAACUUGAGCUCGGCAGAGUAGUUUUGACCUGUGUCCAGAUGCAGUCAUUUAUGUUGUCUAAAGGCAAUUUGUCUCUUAUAACAAUGUUAUUUUUCUGAAUAAUCUAAUUGAAUUGACUGGUAGGUAGUCACUAACUAUUUGUAGCAUGUGUUCCUCUGUUUAUUGAUAUUUGCAUGGUGUGUAUGUGUUAAGCUGUUAAGUAAUUAAUGUUGAUAUUAUCCAAAGGGUGUUUAACUGAAAUGUUAAAUGUUGGUGUCUCGAUCUCAGACAUUUGCGCUCAUAUUUGUAAAUAGUAUUUCAAAAAUGGCAGAAUCAAACAGUAUUGGAAUAGUGACUUGUAUUUUGCAUCUAGAAGUGUAAGAAUUUUAGAAGAAUGCUAUUUCAUCAGUCAAAUGUUGCACUGUUUGAUAAGACAGGGUAAAGAAAACCUCCAUUUUAAUGAGUUUAGUUGUGAGUUUGACAUUUUACCACAAGAAGUCACUAUAAUACUAUACGU